AUGGCAGAAAAUCAAAGAUGUGCUCGCCGGGGCCGCACCCAUUUUCAAAAAGAACAGGUUCAGGCACUGAAACGUGUGUUUGAAGAGACCAUGUACCCAGAUUGGAAUCACAAUGCUACAUGGGACCUUUUCGGGAUGGAGCUCAGAUGGGGUUCAUCUUGGUAUUCUCUGCCUCCUGACCUCCAACAGAUAUGUCUGGGGGACUCUGAUCCUCCUUGGGCCUCCAGUCCCUAUGACAUAGAUCAAUUCAUGGAACGAUAUGCCUUACCUGGGGAUGAUGAUCCCCGCAGCCUAGAUCAAUUCCUCUCCCCCACGUGCCUCGGUUGA